UAUGAAUUCCUUCCAGAAUUGUGAUUAACUAGCAAACCUCUGCAGUUUAAAUUUGUGAUUUGAAGAUGAUUAGACGAUCUGUAGAACAGGUUAUACUUAGUAAAUGGCAGAACGAGGGAAGAGGGGCCAGGGUCAGACGAAGCAUAGGACGACCAGAGCUGAGGAACCUGGAUCCAUUCUUGAUGUUGGAUGAGUUUGAGGGAAGUGGAGAAGAUGGAGCAGGGUUCCCAGAUCAUCCUCAUAGAGGGUUUGAAACCGUUAGCUAUCUGUUAGAAGGAGAAUUCCAUCAUGAAGAUUUUGCCGGACACAAGGGAAUAAUUCGUGCUGGUGAUGUUCAAUGGAUGACGGCAGGAAAAGGAAUUGUACACAGUGAAAUGCCUGGUAUUUGUGUGCUUGUUUUAAUAUUAUGUAAUAAUUAUGAAAUUUGCAAAUUAGAUUAUAUUGAUUGUCAGAUGGAACUGUGUGCUGCUGAAAUACCCUCUGCUGCGAUGAAUGGUGUGAGUGUAAAGAUACUGGCCGGAGAAUCUAUGGAUGUAAAAUCUCCUGUAUUCACCAGAACUCCAUCUUUAUACCUGGACUUCAGCUUAGAACCUGACAGUCAAUAUGCUCAGGCUGUUCCUGCAGGGUGGACGGCAUUCGCAUACAUAUUAGAGGGUGAAAUGAAUUUUGGGAGCGGUGGAUCUAUUGGAGCUCAUCAUACUGUAGUGUUUGGUAGGGAUGGGGACCAGGUUCUUCUGAGUAAUCCGUCCUCUCACAAUUCUUCUCGUCUAGUUCUCAUAGCUGGUCAACCAAUUGGAGAAGCAAUCAAACAACACGGUCCUUUUGUUAUGAACACUGAGGAGGAACUACAGCAAGCUUUCAGGGACUAUCAGCUUGGAAUAAACGGGUUUGAGAAAGCAAAAACCUGGAAAUCUGUUGAGGGAAAUCGGUCUUAGGCCUCAAAGUGGAGAAAGAGAUGCCGAUGUUUGAAACGGAACUUGACAUUGUUCAAAUACUAAACUUUGAACUUAUCAAUUGAAAUCCAGGAUUAAAAACAAAACAAAGAAUAAAACAAAUUGAUAUUUGCUUGGGAGUGAAUCAAAACGGAUCUGAAGACAAGAUACAACUGUUUUGUUUUUGUUUACUAACAAGUGUGUCGAAAACAUUAUCAAAUUUUUAAAAGCGUAAUUUCAAGUGACCCUACAUGCAAGGAGGUCAAUGCCCGAUUCACAAUCAUACCCUGAAACAUUUUUUCCACUGUCAUCGAGAUCUUUUUGUGUACAUCUAUUGAAAACUGCUUCAGUUCCAAUUGUCCAAGUGUACAAUAUUUAAAAUCGUUUCUUUUAUCUAAUGAAUUAUCAUAUGCAGUCCCAUUAAAGUAUGUAUAACUUAACAACUAUUUUUGGAUUGGAGUCUGGAACUAGGAACAUGGGAUCAAAUAUAACUAUAUUGUAAUUGAAUUGAAUCAUGAAUUCACUUGUGCCAAUUCUUUUUGCUAAAAAUGGUUAAAAUAAUUGUUUACCUUUAGAGGGAGUUACAAGUCCAGAAUGCCAUUAUUACGCAAAAAGGGUCUGUUGUAGAGAUCACAAACCAAGAAUUCGUUUGAGAUGGAAGGAUAAAAUCCGGGGAGGAUGAAAAGAGAAUCCAGGAGCGAGUCUGAUCAGAACCAGGAACAAGAGAAGAUCUUCAUGCUUAAUUCUCAACAUAUUUAUAGAAUCUGUAAUAUAUUUAUAUCCUAAAAUAUCAGUAAAUAUAUAAUCUUCACACUGUAA